GUUAUUUCUCUAUACAUUUUGUCAACUGGACUAACAUGGAAAAGACGCAAUGGCAAACAUUUCCACCAGUCUUAUGUGCAGGUAUGCACUCUGUAGACCUUUUAUUGAUCAACUCGGAUAUUCCAAAAACUCCCGAAUCAGUCGUAUUCUUUGAAAAGUACACUCAUGUUCCUGGAGGUUCAGUUUACAAUACCGCUAAGGGUUUCGUGUUAUUAGGCAUUCCGGUAAAAGUUCUUACCAAAGUUGGUAAUGAUGAGAACGGUCGUUGGUUUAUAAAGGAACUAGAAACUUUAGGAAUCGAUACUUGUGACAUAAGGAUGGAUGACUCGAAAAGCACUUGUCUAUCAGUCUUACCAGUUUAUCACAACGGAGGAAGAGGCGCAUUUAGUCACUUGGGUACAAAUACAACAAUUCAAGUGGAUGAUUUGUUGGAUGAUAAACUAAGACAAGCUCUACAGAAUAACGAGAUUGAUUUUCCUCCUUAUUGGGUUUAUCAUUAUGGAUAUCCUCAUAUGGUAACUCAAGUACAAGGCAAAGUAUUGGCACAACAUUUUCAAUCUAUUCGUUCGUUGGGAAUUACGAUUGCUUUGGAUAUGAAUGGAGCCAAUACCAACGAUGAGAGAAUCGUACAUUCUGCACUUGAGUCGGUAGGAAUAUUUCAUGUCAAUAUAGAAGAAGCCAUUGCACUAUCAGGAAAGCAUCCACAACACUUGGAAAGAAAUUCUAAUAACCAACCUUUAGAAGACCGAGUCAACUUUCAACAAGUGAAAGAUAUAGCUGAUUAUUUUCAUGACUUGGGAGUUGCUUUGAUAGCCAUUACUUUAGGGCCUCGUGGAGCUUUUCUUUCUACACAUUCAAAUACUCAAAUAUUGAAAAAGAAUAUUCCUUGUUUUCCUUAUUUGCCAAAAGGAACACAAGUAUUUAGACCCAACUUUCAAACUAUGAAAACUAUUAAUGGAGUUGGAGCAGGAGAUACUUUUACAGCUGGUUUAUUGGCUAUGCUUAUAUAUCAAAAACAGAUUCAAUCGUCAAGUCUCAGCUUGGAAUUAUUAGCAGACGUUGGUUUGGCAGCUGCAAUGCAAAGAAUUGAUUCCGGUACUCAACCAAAAAUACUUGUGGAACUUGUUCAACAACUCGAUAAGAUGCCAAGAUCUUCUGUUCAACCACUUUGAUUUGUCAUUUGUAACAAGUCUUCCAGGGCAAUC